CUCCGACACGGCAGACGGCGCGAAAUAGCUUGAAUAAAGUCGUCACAGUCAAAUAAUAUUAGGAAGAAGAAUUCUGUGACGUACUGUGUUCUCGCAAAAGCCGUAAUAACGCUUAUAGCUUUAUUUUGUGCAUGGACCUUGAAUGAGAGGUGAAUUUAAAUGAAUACAUUUACAAUAGACUGACUGGAGAAGAGAUUACUGAAGAAACAGUCACGUCGUCUCUGCGAACAAACAGCCGCUCGAAAGGGGGGACUGAGCAUGAUGAACAUGAAUUCCAGGGGCAAGAAGAGAGUCCUUCUGCCCAGCAGACCGUCCCCACCCACUGUGGACCACAUCCUGGAGGACAUCAGUGGAGCUGCUCCCACCGACCCCGUCUUUACCAUCCUGGAGCAGCCCAAUGUGUCCGUGUGUUCCAAUGGAGACGUGGAGCGGACGUUCCAACAGUGUCGUCGCCACAUGGAUGUCAACCAGCAGUUGCAUGACGCUCAGGUCCACUUGAUGCGUCAGAGGGACGAGCUCCGAGCGGCAGGGGAGCGUCUGGACGGGGACGUGUCAGAGGUUAAAGGUGCACUCCUCUGAUCGGAACUGUCUGCACUGAGACAAACACUGACCUUUGACCUCAGAGUUGGCUGUUAGAGAUUGAAAGCACAUGAAGAAUCAUGCUGGGGAUGCACACUAAGAUGGACACCUUGCUGACUUCCCCUCUUAAGCGUUCCGUUUUUAAGGAGAAUUCCUGGCAUUUAAUGUGUUUUUUUUCACUAUUGCUUGUGUUUUAUUCAAUUCUUUUUGUUGUCUAACUAUGUGUGACAGCCCUCUAAAUCCAUUUUCAAUAAAUGCCUCACAGCUUCUGGACAACAAGCUUUGGAUUUGUUUAGAUAAAAGUUUUGCACUGAUCUUUUAUUUCAUCCAGAUUUUGGGAUCCUUCCAUUCCAUGUGUCGAAAUUUUUUAUAAAGUUUACAUUUUUUUAAAUUAAAUUUUUAUUCAGGAUUUCAAGCCCCGUGUGUACGCGUGCCCCACUGGGAGGCUAGGCUGUAGUGUAUGGAGCAAUUUGACCAUUAUUGGGUCACUUUUUAUUGCAGGAACCCAUAGUGAACAUUUCACAGGUUGUAACUGAAUGUCUGACUUGGAAAAGACUGUGAUUUCCAUUGUCAGUC